CACGCUGGACGUGACGCCCCUGAUACAGCUCCUCACCAGGUCUAACCUGGAGUUCCUGCUGGGUGACCCGGACAGGGUGGCCACUUGGUGUAGUCAACAGCUGCGGCGGCCACUGGAGGAGCGGCCGGCCGGACUGACCGCCGAGCUGGACACGCCGCGGGGCCGUGCCGAGCUGCUGCUGCGUCCCGAGCUGCUGCUGCAGGCUGUACGCGUGAACGCGCCGAGUUAGAUGGACCAGUGGCGGGGUAUGGACCAGAAAGUGAAGAACAGAUGUAUAAGUAACUACCGUCCAAUGCGUACCUACCAGGAGACCCGGGAGAAAUUGGAGCGGUUCUUCAUCACUAACCUGCAUGAGCGGCUCCAGCGCCGACUGCCAGAGAUGGACGCCGCGUCUGUGGCCGCCACGGCCGGCCUCUGGCGCCGCCGGCUGCAGCAGCUGCUGUCCGGUGACCGGCUGCGGACGGCUUAUGACGCCGUCACCGGCUGGUGGCCGGACCGAUGGGAGAUGAUGCCAUUCUACCUGGCGGUGGACGAGACUGACUCACAAGACUCGGAGCGGGAUGACAACGGCGGAGAGGCCGGUGGCGAGGAGCGGCGUGACGCAGACGUGGAGCAGACAUCGGAGGGUCUGCCUAGCCCUCAGCGAGAGAAAUGGCAGCAGCUGGAGCGACAACACCAGCAGCUGUGGCAGGAGCUCGAGCCGCGGGGCUACGGGGAGAAGAGGAGUCUGAACGAGCAACAUGAUGAGGAGUGCCGGCGUCUGGAGCGGCAUCAUGAUGAGAUGUGGUGGCAAAUGAAAACGCGGCACCAUGAGGAGCGAAAAAGGCUUCAUCAGCUACACGACAGUGCUGUCAGGUGCGUGGAGCUACAGACUCAGGGACAGUCGCAGCGCCUUGUAGAGAAACGUCAAAGGCAGACUGAGUUGCUGAAUCGGAGGAAACUUAGACAAUGUGCAGUGCUGGAGCGAAAGCACCAAAGCGAGUGGGACGACCAGGAGAAGGAGGUCCAGAUGCAGUGGAACCAAAUGAAGCAGAGACACAGACGAGAAACACAAGAGCUGGAGGAGAGAUACCCGAACAUCCGGACAGGGGAGGAGUUGGAUCGGCUGAUGGAGGAGUGCAGCAGGAGGCGUCAUCGGCUGGGGAAGGAGCUGGAGAAGGAGCUAGAGAACGAGGAGACACUUGCACGAGACCUCAAGAAGCAGGAGGAGCAGCAGCAGCAGCAGCCCGAAAAACAUCAGCAGCAGGAGGAACAGCAGCAAAAGCAUCAGCAUCAACAACAACAGCAGCAGCGGCAGAAGCAGAAGCAACAACAACAACAACAACAGCAGCAGCAGCAGCGGCAGCAGCAGGAUCAGCACCAGCAGCAGCAGCAACAACAACAACAAGAACGGGGACGGCACCCAGGCCGGCAGCUUGAGCACCUUCGGAAUCUCAUAGAGGCGACACGAAGACACCGCCAGCAGCUCAUCCAGCUCCAGGAGCGGCACAACCAGGAGCUGGAGGAGCAGAGGACACGUCACCGGCAGGAGAGGAAGGAACUGGAGCGGCGCCUCGGCUGUCGGCGGAACAAGCAGGAGCGGCGCCACAGAAAGUGACCGACGAUAUCAGCGGAGUCGCGGACCACCCCGAGGAGGCGCCACUAUGGAGAACACGUCGAGGAACAGAUAUUUGCAGCAUCAGACAAGUUGAAAAUGUGUCGACUGUGCAGAUAUUUGAAAAAGAAAAUGAAAACAUUCACAAUUAAUAUGGUGUAUCAUUACCGUUUUAUUGAGGCCGGAAAGUUACAAAUAGAUAGGUUUUAGACAAAUAGGUAGGUUUUAGGUGAGUUUUGGCAUCAUUAUGUACAAAAUGGGGAUGUUUGAUGUUCAUCACGUGUAAAUAGUUGUAUACCUAUUCGAUGUGUUACAGGGUGGCCUUUGUUGUUAUACAAGUACAAGCUGUUGUUC